GGGACCCCACAGCAUGCCAUGUGCUGGGCUUAUGGGCUCCUGGGUUGUCCUGCGGUGACCUGACAGUGUGGGAAGGGAGGGGCCAGUGAGGAGCCAAGUGCCAGCUGCACCUAAGGCCCGGGGCGGGGCCUUCUGCAUGGUGGUGCUGAGCAAUUGGAGGCACCUCUGGAUCAGGCCCUGGGCCACCAGGCACUGGGCCCUGGCACAGGGGCGGGGCCUGCGGUCCCAGCCUCAGUCUCCAUCUGUGGGAAGGGUCCCACGCGGCAGUCCUACGCACCCAGGCUGCGCGCCCCUGGCCGGAGUUCGAGUCUUGGCCAGGAUGCGAAGCUCUUGAGUUUAGGAAUCAGCGGCCCCCAGCCGGGCGCACCCGUCCUGCCUGUGCGGAGCACAGAAGAAGCCGCCCCAGCCCUAGGGGGCGCGCACCGCAGGGGGACGCGCGGUCCCUGCGGUGCGCGGGGCCCCGGUGGACGCUCAGCGCUGUACUGCUGCUGGGCCGACCCCAGUGGCACCCGCGCUGGCUAGUACGGUAGCGGAGGAAGGGCGCCUACUCCAGGCAAUACGGCGGCGGCUCCUCCCUUGGCGCGGUCACGUCCCCCACGUCCCGCGGCCGGCCGCACGGGCGGAGCAUCCUCCCCUUCCCCCUCCCGGCCCAGCUCCGGUGGGACCCGCCCAGAGUGGCCGACCCCCACCCGCCAGCCGGGCGGGCGGCAGGAGCCAGCAGGCCCGUCCAUCGGAGGAGGGGCCUCGGCUUCCCGCGCCCAGCCCUAGGGCCCUCGCCUCGUCUCACCUCUUCCCACCUGUCUCCCUCCACGCCUGAUCCUGGGUGGGCGGGCACCUCCGGAGCGCUGGCCUUCAGGCGGAAGGCUGCACGGGAGUGGAGGAAUGGGUCCAGAUGGCCAGGCGAAGGGGCAGCCCAUGCAGGGUCCCGCAGGCUUUGGUGUUGGGGGAGGGCAGCUCUGCGCUCACCCCAACCUCCACAGCAGCCUCAGCCACUGACCGCAGCCUUGCUGAGAAGCUAGACCAGAUCACCAGGGCUGUCCACUGUGUGGCAGCCAAGGGUAGAAGCCUCCUUGUAGGAGGUGGGACUUGAGGGCGCCAUCCCCGGGGCCACACUUCUGGGGGUCCUAGCCGAGAUCUGUACUCAGCCAGUUGCUAGCCUUGGGUGGCAGUAUCCAGCCUGGCAAAUGAGGCCAGUGUUUCCACCCCACUGGCCCCGCGAAGAGGAUGUGAGUGGACAAGUGGGAGCCUGCAGGGGUAGGAGGCACGCAGUGGAACCAGGGCGGAGGGCCCAGGCCAGCCCCCCCACCCCACCCCGACCAGCCUUCUGACCUCUCCCUGGAAGCAGCCCCUGCCCCUGUGUUUCUCUGCACUGGUGGGGACAGGGCUGAGGGUGCUGGCUGCCUCCGGCAGGGAGGGGCACAAUGCUGGUUACCUGAUUAUUUAUUUAUUUAUUCUUAGUUUUCGGUGGACACUACAUCUUUAUUUUAUUUGUAUGUGGUGCUGAGGAUGGAACCCAGCGCCCCGCCCACGUCCCCAGCCCUGGUUACCUGCUUUCACAACAGUGUCAAUGAGGGAAGGAAGAAUGGGAACCCGGAAGCAGGCCCUCCCUCUCCCUGACUCAGCACCUCCAACCCUCAAAGGCCAGGUCCUAGCACAAAGGGACUGCUUCCUUGGUUCUCAGGGGUCUGGAAUUUGAUUGAAGGAAUAUAAUUGUCCCUGUGCCUGCCACCUGCCUGGGCUACAAAGGCAGGGAGGUUGCAGGGACCUGGCCUGCACUCCUGGGGCAGACAGUCCAGCCUAAGGAUUCAGGCUGCUGAAGGGUGAGGUUUCUGGGGAGGCCAAGAAAGAGCAGGCUGGGGCACAGGGUUGUAUGUGGGAGGCAUGCAGUACAGGCAGAGGGGAGAGUACAGGGGCCCCACAGCCCUGACUUGGGAGGGGACCCAGGAGUCUCCCCGAGGGCCAAGGUUCUCCAUGUACCCCUGCCAUGAACUGUCCCCUGUCAGCUCCUGGCGGUCUGGGGUAUAUGGGGCCUUGGAAGGACCUCCAGGGAUCAGCCCUGGGGAGUACCUGGAGCUCCUGCUAACCCAGAUGCACCCAGGGAGAUCAGCUUUCUGUAACCCAGAGGCCAGUUUAUUUCUGGGCUGGUUCACAUGCUUCCCUGGGAGGGUAAAUGUCACCAAAAGGCCAGGCGGCUGGACGUGCCCAUGGAUAUGCUGUGGGAGAGGGACCAUGGUGGGUGCUGCUUCCUCCUCUGGGUGGAGACAGAUGGAUAAUUAGCCUGCACACACCUCAGCCUAUCUAUGCUCAGGGUCCCUGGGAGGUGGAGCCACGGACUUGCUCCUCCCGAGCAGCCAGGUGUAAGAGGUCCCAGACCCUCACUCCACCUACCCUGCCCCAAGCCUGGCUGGCAGACAGCCAGCUUAAAGUCAACCUCUGGUCUGAAAAACCACAACCUUGCUGAGGCCUCACUCUGCAGCGUCUCUGGGUGACAGGCUGGAGUAGGCACUGACUGGUGAGGCCAUUUCAGGGUGCCUGAGCUGGGUGGCAAUGGACCACAGUGCUGGGCCUUGGUUGGGAGCUUGUGCCCCAGGCGCCACAAUCUCCGUGGCACAGACGGUCUUCCACGUGUGACCCUCCUUGAAGGGCCUAGAACAUGCUGUGCUCUCCUGGCCUGAGUCCUGGCACCAGCCCACCCUCUGCCUGCCUUCCCAAGCCACAGCCCAGGGGUGCUCUUCUCCAGCAGGUGGCAGAUGUCUCUGCUUCCCAGCAGUCCCUACUGCCUCCUGAGGACCCUGGAUGCCUCCAAGAGGGCCCAGCCCCCGGUGGGCAGUGGACAAGCAAGGGGGACUUCAAAAGGCUGGGGUGCCUGUGAUUCCCCUAGCAGGACUGGGCAGGGCUGGUACAGCCCCAGCUGCCUCACUCUGUUUCUGGGGAGGACCCUGGGCAUGUGGGGUCGGGCUGCUCCUGUGGCCAUUACUGAGCACUCCCCUCCUGGACUUUGCAAGGCCCUCGAUUCAUUCAUUUAAUUUUUGCAGUACUCACGUGUGCUAGGCCAGGACUCUGCACUGCGUCCCAGCCUGCCUGACUUGUUUCAGAAAGUGCUAUAAGCAUCCAAGGCCACACUCCAAGCAAGUGGGGGCUGGCAGGGACAAUCGCCCCUCCCACAUUGGCUCCUUCGCAGUGAGUGGUCCCUAGGGUGACUGGUCAGCUCCCUGCUGUGUGGGCUCUUAGGUCUUUUACCUAGGCACUAAGAUGGCACAGUGAUCCUGCCCUCAGUGCCCCUUGCAGUGUGUCCUCACUGUGCAUGAUGUUCCUCCUUUGGCCCCACUCCCGGCUGGGGGUCUCAGCUGGGCACAGCAUCAUAGAACUGGUGUGGCCCCUGCAGGGGGGGUUGGGGGGAUGGGGAACCCAGCUGAGUGCAGUCUCUGGCAUGCCUGAAGGUAUCCCUUGGGGAUAGGGAUACCUUCAGGAAGACGCGGGGAAGGGGGUGGGGUGGGGCCCAAGCCUAUCCCGCCCCCACCCCAGGUACCUGCCGCAGGGGCGGUCACACCAUGGACAAUGGCUAACCUGACACACCAGGGCUGCACUUUCUUCCCCAGAGAGCUGGCUGGCUGCACACCACUGGUGGGAGACGCUGCGCAGGCUAGGCUGAAGGCCUCGGGUUCCAGACACCCAGGGACACAGACCCUGUCAUAACUCUCUCCCUGGUGAGGUGCGGCAGAACCAGCCCUUCUGGCCAUGGGAGGAGCUGUGGUGGACGAGGGUCCCACGGGCGUCAAGGCCCCCGAUGGGGGCUGGGGCUGGGCCGUGCUCUUCGGCUGCUUUGUCAUCACGGGCUUCUCCUACGCCUUCCCCAAGGCAGUGAGCGUCUUCUUCAAGGAGCUCAUGCGGGAGUUCGGGAUUGGCUACAGCGACACAGCCUGGAUCUCCUCCAUCCUGCUGGCCAUGCUGUACGGCACAGGCCCCCUCUGCAGCGUGUGUGUGAACCGCUUUGGCUGCAGGCCUGUCAUGCUUGUGGGUGGCCUCUUCGCGUCCCUGGGCAUGGUGGCUGCCUCCUUCUGCAGGAGCAUCAUCCAAGUCUACCUCACCACAGGGGUCAUAACUGGCUUGGGCCUGGCUCUCAACUUCCAACCCUCCCUCAUCAUGCUCAACCGCUACUUCAACAAGCGGCGCCCCAUGGCCAACGGGCUGGCGGCCGCGGGCAGCCCAGUGUUCCUGUGUGCGCUGUCGCCGCUGGGGCAGCUGCUGCAGGACCGGUACGGCUGGCGGGGUGGCUUCCUCAUCCUGGGCGGCCUGCUGCUCAACUGCUGCGUGUGCGCUGCGCUCAUGAGGCCCCUGGUGGCACCCCAGCCGGGCGGGGCAGCAGGCCCCCAGCGGCCUGCCCGGCGCCUGCUGGACCUGAGCGUCUUCCGGGACCGCGGCUUCGUCAUCUACGCUGCCGCCGCCUCCAUCAUGGUGCUGGGGCUCUUCGUACCUCCCGUGUUUGUGGUGAGCUACGCCAAGGACCUGGGUGUGCCCGACACGCAGGCUGCCUUCCUGCUCACCAUCCUGGGCUUCAUCGACAUCUUCGCCAGGCCCACAGCUGGAUUCAUCACCGGGCUCAAGAAGGUGCGGCCCUACUCGGUCUACCUCUUCAGCUUCGCCAUGUUCUUCAAUGGCUUCACCGACCUGACGGGCUCCACAGCCAGCGACUACGGUGGCCUGGUGGUCUUCUGCAUAUUCUUCGGCAUCUCCUACGGCAUGGUGGGGGCCCUGCAGUUUGAGGUGCUCAUGGCCAUUGUGGGCACCCAGAAGUUCUCCAGUGCCAUUGGCCUUGUGCUGCUGCUGGAGGCUGUGGCUGUGCUCAUCGGACCCCCGUCGGGCGGCAAGCUGCUGGACACGACCCACGUCUACAAGUACGUGUUCAUCCUGGCGGGGACUGAGGUGCUCACCUCCUCCCUCGUGCUGUUGCUGGGCAACUUCUUCUGCAUCAGGAAGAGGCGCGAGGCGUCACAACCUGAGGAGGCUACCUCGGAGGCAGAGAGGCUCCAAAAGCCCCCCACAGAUGUGAGGGUGGACUCCCGGGAGGUGGAACACUUCCUGAAGGCAGAGCCUGAGAAAAACGGGGAGGUGGUCCACACCCCGGAGACCAGCGUGUGAGUGGCCUGGCGGGGCUGGCAGGGUGCAGGGAAGAGCUACAGAGACUGGCAACGCUUGUAUUUAUUUCACAAACAGGACCAGCUGAGGCAGGGCCACUGGCUCCGUGCUGGGUGCUGGUCAUCGGGUCAUCACCUGACCUGUGUUUUGCGGGGAAGGUGGCGGGGUGGGAACGUGUCAUUCCACAGCGGAUCUGCGGUGAAGCCAAGCCCAUGGUUACAAGCCGCCUGCUCACCCCAAACAGCCCAUGCCCCCCACGUGGUCAAGGACCUAGAAGCCCAGGCUUUGAGACAACAUGACUUUAAUAGGAGGGCGGGCUGGCGAGUGGACACCUCCCCGAGGCCUUCCCUGGUGCCUGUCUGACCCUCCACCCUGCCCUCGCCUCCUACGGUGCCCACCCCUCUCUGUCUAGGGUACAAAGAGCUCAUUCCACCCGUGAAGGUGCGAAAUAAACCUGCGUGUGGCAGGAGUCUGGGGGCCUGGUCCUCGGA